AUGUUUUUGUUCUUACUUGCCUUCCUCGAUCGAAUCAAUAUUGGCAAUGCCCGGCUACAGGGCCUUGAAAAGGAUUUGGGCAUGGAAGGGCAUGACUACAAUAUCGCGCUGUUCAUCUUCUUCAUCCCAUAUAUCUUGUUCGAGGUUCCUAGUAAUUUGGUCUUGAGAAAGGUGCCACCAUCGUGGUGGUUAAGUGGAAUUAUGUUUCUUUGGGGUAUAUCAACCAUUUCCAACGUUCCGAAGUCGUGGAUUGCGCUGACUUUUACAGGAAUCAUCACCACUUGCCAAGGAGUAACGCAAAGCUUCGGUGGUCUUGUCGCGUGUCGGUUCUUAUUAGGGGUGUUCGAGGCUGGAUUCAUGCCUGGCUGCAUUUACUUGAUCGCGAUGUAUUACAAACGCCAUGAGUUGCAAUGGCGACUCAAUGUGUUCUUCAGUGCAAGCAUUCUGGCCGGUGCUGUCAGCGGACUUCUUGCUUAUGCCAUAGCCAAGAUGGAUGGAGUCGCUGGAUACAGUGGCUGGCGCUGGAUUUUCAUAAUCGAAGGAUUGGCCACGGUCGCUGCUGCCAUCGCCGCCAAGUUCUUGAUUGUCGAUUGGCCUGAGCAGUCAACAUUUUUGAAUGAUCAAGAGCGUGAGGCACAGAUGAACCGCUUCGACAAACCAGCCAUCAAGCGCACAUUCACAGACAUUAAACUAUACUUGGGCCCAAUCAUGUACUUUGGCAUUGUCAACACCGGGUACGCAACAUCAUUCUUCACCCCGACAAUCCUCAAACAACUCGGUUGGACCUCCGUUCGAGCCCAAGUCAUGAGUAUCCCGAUCUACCUCGUGGCAACGGUAAUUGCAUUAACAACAGCUUUCGCAAGCGAUCGACUCCGCCACCGCUUCGCCUUCACAAUCACAGGCUGCAUAAUCGCCACGAUCGGAUACGUCCUUCUACUGUGUCAAAGUUCAGUACCUGUAGGCGCACGAUACUUCGCGCUCUAUGCAAUCACAGGCGGUGGCUACAUGACGCAGCCGAUCUUGAUGGGCUGGCUGAGCAAUAACAUGGCUGGGCAUUAUAAGCAGUCUAUUGCGUCGGCUAUGCAGAUCGGAUUUGGUAAUUGUGGCGGCCUGGUUGCCAGCAAUGUUUUCUUCGAUUCGGAAGCCCCGACAUAUGUCACUGGGUUCGGCGUCAGUCUCGGUAUGGUGUGGAUCUGUGGGGUGGCGUGUGUUGUGUUCUUUGCUUAUUUGCAUCGCGAGAAUCGGAACCGCGAACAAGGCAAAAGGGAUCAUCGGUAUCAGUGGGCUCAAGAAGAGUUGGAGAAUCUUGGCGAUGAUCAUCCUAGUUUCAGAUUCACAUACUAG